AAAAGAAGAAUAAGUUAGGUUAUGACGAGGGGUGUUAGGUUAGGCGUUAGGCCGAUUCAAAUUUGGAUAGUUUAUUUUAUUAUUACAGUUUAUAGUUCACAUGAUAAGUAUUGCAUUGGUAAUUUGAGUCCAUUUCAAAUUCAUAACAAUUAUGCAUAAUAUACCUGAUUUACUAGUAACAACAGCACAAUCUGAUCAACAAUUUUCUGCUUGUUUAUGGGACUAUAACACACAGAAUGUGCGAAAGUACUAUAAAAACGGGGGCACUGUUGCCCCUAAAUGUUUUGAAAUAAUAGGAAAAGAUUAUUUUUUGUCUUCAAAGCUGGGUAAACCAUUCUUACAUUUAUGGUUGUUAAACAGUCAAGAUGUAGCCAAAGAUAUAAGACUUGUUCUACCAGAACCAGCAAAUUGUUUAGCUGUCUCUCCAGAAAAUAAUUUUCUAGCUGUAGGAAUUAAUUGCAAACUUUACAUAUGGCACCUUUCAUCAGGAAAACUUUUAUCUAUACAACAAAAGAACUAUCAACCAAUUACCUGCCUUAAGUUUUCAAGUGAUGGAACACUUUUGAUAUUAGGAGGCCAAGAUGGAAUGCUGAUUGUAUACUGUGUAGGUGAUUUGGCAACACUUGCGAAUAAUUUUAUGCAACAAACUGAUAUUGGAAAAGCUGAACCACUCUACAUAAAAAAAGAUCAUCCAAUGGUGAUUAAAGAUAUACAUGUUGGAUGUUUUGGUAGGAAAUCCCGUUUUGCAACAGUCUCUGUUGAUAAAACUUGCCGGAUCUAUACCUUGUUAACCGGCGAAUUACUUCAAAAUUUAACUUUCGGAGAAUGCUUGAAUAGCGUAAUAUUUGAUUCAUGGUUUGGUUCAUUGUUCGUUGGCUUGGAAAAUGGGGAUAUCCGUUGUUACAAUCUUAAGGAACCAGUGAAAAGUUUAACUCAUCACAUAGACGAAAAUACUUCUUUGGUGUUUAAGGGACACAUUGAUAGAGUUGUAUGUUUAGCUUUAAACAUUUCCCAAACGAUUUUAGCAUCCGGAAGUCUUGAUUGUAUAGUUUACACUUGGGAUGUCAGACGCAACCAAAUACUUAAAACGUUUAAGCACUCUAGUCCUAUAACCAAUAUUCGAUUUGUUGUAAGUUAUGAAAACUUUUUUGCAGAGACAAUAGUACCUGAAUAUGCGGUAAAAAGUUUAGAGAGGAAUUUAGAUCAUUCUUUGGACUUAGUAGAACCUAUUUUACAAAAAGCAGAUAUAGAAGCAGAUAAAAACGAUUUUAAAAUACGUAACGAUGAAAAGAUGAGAGAAGUAAUCAUUGAAAAUAUGACAAUACGAGCUGCCAAUAAGCAGUUAUUUGACACAGUUUUGUCUAUUGAAAGAAAUAAAUUAGUUUAAGAAGGAAA